GACGCUCCUCCGCAGACGACGACCAUCGGAGUGUUGUCAACAAGCUGAUGUCACUGGCGGAUGUCCUGUGAUUGUCGUGACGUGACCAAGUUUCCCAAAUUAUGAAUCGAAAAUUAUUACCGAUACUGUUAACAGGGUUGUGUGCCCUUGUACCUGUGUACGGUGAUGGCGAAGAUGAGCCGAGUGUUGGGGUAGAACGGUACAGGAUUGAAGGCAGAGUUGUGAGACCAGAUUCCUCCAUCGUCAGUCCGGCUGAGUGGUUUGCUAACACUAAAAUUUUCACCAACAGUGGACAUUACGGGUUUCUCAGAGAAGAUGGUUCAUUUGUGAUUAACAAUGUUCCAUCAGGAUCCUAUGUUGUUCAGGUCAUGAACCCCACCUUUAUUUAUGAACCUCUGCGAGUGGAUAUUAACUCUAAAGGGAAAAUAAGAGCCCGAGCUGUCAACCACAUCCAACCAUCAAAUGUUGUACAGAUGCCCCAUCCUCUUCGUAUGAAGUCCAUUGGACCAUAUCGGUAUUUUCUGCAACGAGAGCAAUGGCGCUUGACUGAUACCCUUAUGAACCCAAUGGUACUGAUGACUGUGCUACCAUUGGCACUUAUGAUGAUCCUGCCCAGGCUGAAUGACCCAGAAACACGUAAAGAAAUGGAACAAAUUCAGAUGCCCAAGAUGGACACUCCAGAACUCUCUGAAAUAAUGACCUCAAUCUUUGGAAGUGGUAGUUCCAACACACAGUGUCAGGGAAACCAGCCUAAAAUGAGAUCUCGUCCAAACAAACGCAAGGAUAAAUCAUAGUAAGAAUAGCAGCAGGUCCUUUUGCAAAGAAGGUUGAACAGAAUAAAGUGAUGGGAAAACACAAACAGUUCAUCUGCAUCAUGGAUUUAUAUUAUUAUAUUACAUUUGAAGGGUAGAAAUACACUGUAACAGUUAAUUUAGAGAAGUACUACAGGUUCCAGUAAAUACUUUUAUUUUAAUGUACAUUGCAUUAAUAAGAUGACUAAGUACUCUUUCUUAUUGGUAAUUGUGAUGUAUUCAAGAAACCAGUCUUAUUUUUUAAAUUUAAAAGUUUGGUGUAGUUAUUAAUGUUAGACUCAAGGAUCCAAGAAAUCUGUUGGCAAUCUUUUUAGACAUAAUUUAGAUUUUAUUUUCAGGGUGUUAUUUUGGUGUUUUAAUAUUUGUUAAAUUCAAGAAGUAUAUUUUGUGGGCAAGCAUUUGAAGUUUAGUAAGCCUUUUUUUUUGUAAGAGUUUACAAAAAUAAUUUCUAGAUGAAGAAAAUUUAAUCUCAUUUAGGUUGACAGAGCUUUGUCAAGUGCUGUAAGUGUUCUACUAAACCUUAUAGAGUACUUGUCUAGUAGGAUAAUUAUUGAAUAAUUUUCAUGUGUUAGAGUAUGUAAAAGUAUAGUGGAUCAUUAAAACAACACAUAAACAAAAGGAUUAUUUUGUGAAUUCUAUAAUGAGCCAAAAAGAAGUUUCAUUAAAUACAAUAUUCUGACAAAUAUUGUACAGAUAUACUGUAUACAGAAGAAUGAACAAUUCAUUACAACAUACAGUAUCUGGUCAGAUUUAAAGACAACCAGUACCCAAAGUUAUAAAACUUAAAAAAAUAAUUAACUCGAGCUGUGGUUGUCAAAAAAAUAAAUAAAAAUUAAUACAAUACAGUAUGGGAUUCCACCCACAGAACACACAUUUGACAUCUGCAAUUCUGGUAGCCUGUAUGUCUUAAGACAAAGUACCACAACAUUGAUUUUGUUUACCAUUUGACUUCUACUCGAUGAGUAAUGCAUUCAGAAGGCACUGUAGAUCAGCCCAAAAUCACCCAUAUGGUACCAUGGGGCAAUGUUUAAUUUGACUGCCAUUUUGGAUGUCAUAUUUGUAAAUAAGCUGUUGUUAAUCAUCAUAGGAAAUAAGAACUAUUGAUAUACUGUACAUUUAAUAUUUUUUUUUGUCCAAGUUGAAAUGCUUUGGAAUUAUGUUAUUGUAAACUUCAAAUUAGCACCAUACAAUACAGACUAGUCCAUUA